AUGGGGAAAGGUCGAAAGGCCAAAGACAAGGAAUCAUUAUGUAAUGAUGAUAACAAAUUGUAUUUGGAAGAAGCAGUAUUAGAAAAAAAGUUACCCGACAUUGAUCUUAGGAUAUUAGUUGAAAUGCCAAACGGAAUAGAUUUUAAUGAGUGGCUCGCUUCUCAUACAAUUUCAAUUUUUGACAACACCAACUUGAUUUAUGGAACUGUGUCAGAAUUCUGUACAAUUUCGGGAUGUCCUGAUAUGGUUGGGCCAAGUUAUAGAACCUAUUUGUGGUUUGACGAAAAAGGAAAAAAAUCUCGAGUUGCUGCUCCAUUAUACAUUGACUAUGUUAUGACAUUUGUUCAAAAAACUAUUAAUGAUGAGACCAUUUUUCCAACUAAAUAUGCUAAUGAAUUUCCAGUUGGCUUGGAGAUUGUAGUAAAAAAAAUUUUAAGAUUGUUGUUCCACGUUAUAGCACAUCUUUACCAUAGUCACUUUCGUGAGUUAGUACUACUAAAUUUGCAUACACAUUUAAAUUGUGUGUUUGCUCAUCUAUCAGUAUUUAACCAUCGUUAUCAAUUAAUUGAGCUACGUGAAACUGAAAUCCUACAAGAUCUAGUGGUAGCUCUAAAAAUUUUAGGUGAUGAUGAAGAAACAGCUACCGAAGUCAAUGAAUCUAUUGAUGAAUAUAAGGACGUUAUAAACAAAGAACCAACCAUGUCUUUUGCAGAUCAACCUAUUAACAUGUUCCCUAAUCCUUCUCCUAUUAAUACACAGACUUUAGCUACUCAAAUUGAUAAUUUCUAG